AUGGACGAAUUCAUAAAAUGGACAUCAACUUAUAAAGUACAACUUCAUCAGAAUCUUCAAAUCAUUCAACUUCACUCAACCAUCGAUGACCAACCACAACAUUCGAUUCGAUUGUCUAACAGAGAAAGCUUCAUACCAGCCAACUCAAUAGUUGCAUCGAUACCUAAAUCAAUUUGUCUUUCACAUAGAACUUCAUCAUUCCAACAUCCAGAAACCAUAUCGAAAUGUGAAUGUGAAGUUUCAAAAAGUUCAAGUUUGAUUUUAACUCAACAUUUACUUUAUGAAAUCAAAUUAGGUGAAGAAUCUAAAUGGUCAGCUUACUUGUCCAUCAUCUUACCAUCAUCAAACAGAUCUAGACCAAGAUUAAUAAGUUUAAUUCAACCUGAUUUGAUUCAAGAUUAUUUGAAAGGAACCGAAAUCGAAAGAUGUUUAAGAUCAGAUCAAACGAUUAAAUACGAAUCACUUUUACAUUUUUAUCAAUCUCAUCUAACCAUCUCACUAAACCAAUCUGAAGAUGAAUGGGAAUCAUUCUUAGAUGCUUAUUCAAUAGUUUCAUCUAGAUCAUUUUAUAUUGAUAAUUUUCAUACUUUAGCUUUAGUACCGAUAGCUGAUUUGUUUGAUCAUAGUGAUCAAGCUGAUGUGAAUUUGAUUUCAGAUAUUUGGGUUUGUGAUCAAUGUGGAAGUUUAAAUGAAUGUGAACUACAUGAAUCUGAUUCUCAUCGAAUUACAAAACAUCAUCAAGACCUUCAAGAUAUCGUCAUCAAUGAUCAAGAUAGAGUCGAAUUGAAAACUUUGGUUCCCAUUCAACAUUCAAAUCAUUCAUCAGAUCGGAUUGUUUAUAAUUCUUAUGGUCCAAAACUUGGAAACCAUAAACUUUUCAUCGAAUAUGGGUUUAUCAUUCCUGAAAACAUUCAUGAUAGAAUCAGUUUUGAUUUGGAGGAGAUCUUGAAGAUUUUGGAUUUCAACUUGAAUCCAAAUCAAACUCAAAUCUUACAGAAGAGAAUUAAAUCUAUGGAGCUUCAGUUGAUGAAAACAAUCACCGAAAUUGAUGAAAAUGAGUUGAUCCGAUUUAAAGAAGAACACAAGGAAGAAGACGAAGACUAUCAUGAUGAACUUUAUAUUGAUUCAUCGGCCCGAGUUUCAUUAACGCUUUGGAUUACUAUCUUACUCUUGGAUCUCACCGUUCAAUCAUCUCGUAACUUGAAUGACGAUGAAAUUUUAGAUUUAGUAGCAAAAUUGAUCGAUUUUCAACUACAAGACAGUUUCAAACUUAAUGAUCAUGAUUCAUUCAAUUCUUUGAGUGUUGAAUUAUCUAAAAACAUCCAAAGACUUUGUGAUUCAAGAUUAACAAGGAUGUUUGGAAACCAACUCAAUUUAGAUGAACUUUUAAACUUAAAACAGGUAGACUUGAUUCCUUCAGUUGAUAAACCUUAUCAGGAUAUGAUAAUUGAUUAUCUUGUUGGUGAAAGACUUUUACUUGAAUCUUGUAAAACUCGUUGGAUUGAACUCAACGAUGAAGAUCCACCAUCCUCGUUAUCUUAG